AUGGUGACCACAGUAAACAAGAGCGCUGUUAUCUGUUUAAAUUAAAAGUUUCUCUGAGCUGUUUCUGGCCUGAAAGCUCAAAUGUCGGUCCAGGCGGAUCCUCCGGAGCAGGAGGAGGCUGAUCUGCUCUUCAUCGUGUUUGAAGGAUCCUCCCCGGAGGAUGUGUCCCACGCCAGGCAGCUGUGGAGCUCCCUGUCCCUGCUGCCGCCGCUAGAGUCCCGGCUAGUGUCGGCGGAUAUCCACCAGAGGCUGCCGGUGUCCCGGCCGCAGCGCAGCGGGAGCACCGCCGCCACAGGUCCCGCUCCGGAGCCGCAAAGAGUCCCCGAUCCCCGGCAGCGGCAGGAGGAGAGGCGGCGGUACGCGGCCAUGGGCGACCAGAGGAAGGAGAUCCUGGCUCUGCUGAGGAGGCAGAGGGAGCGGAGGAUCCAGAAGGAGCUGCUCUCUGUGGCCUUCAAGCCCAAAGGAAAGGUCGGCAGAGAAAACGAAGGAAAAGAAAAGCCUGAGGAGGACUCUGAGGAGGACAGGGAGCUGGUCAGGCAGCUUCAGUAGAAGGAAACUGGGAGUGUAGAGAGGAGCAGGUGUGUUUGAGAUAUUUCUGACUGCAGGAUUAAAGUGUUCAGACAACGAAACGUCUCUCACACACAUUCCCUUAAUCCAUCAAAACCAGUUUAUCCAUAUGACUGUUAGCGUCUUCAGUAUGGGCACACUAUGGGAAAAAACAGAUAUGUAAAGCAGUGAAAACAAGUAUUAUAAGGGGAGCCAAACAACUCCGGUGGCAACUAAAUAAUAUUUUAAAUACAGGAAGAUUAAAAUGUUUAAUUUAUGUUUAACUAGGAAAAAUUAACCACAUUACAUUUAUAUGCAAAGAGAAUGCCUUAUAGGUCAAAAAUGUUUUUGAGUACAUAGUCACCAGCAGCCCAUCUAAGUUUAGGGGGUGGGUGUUCAGUUAACAUCCAGCCCUUUUUGAAGAAUUCUGUAAGGGGGCAACAUGUAUGUUUUUUAUCCACAUAAUUGUAUAGAUAUCUGCACCCAUCUAGCCAGAUUUUAUUUAAAAUCUCUUUAUUGGAGAGGUAACAACCUCUGCUUUCUAAAAACAUUCCUAAAUGUCAUGGACAAAAAUAAAACCUAUUUAUUCUGCUGAUGAGCUGGUGGGUCAUAAGAAACUAUAUCUGCUAAUGAGCUUCACACAGAGAACAGAUGAGGCGUGUUUUGUAGUUUUAAUCUGAUAUUUUUAUGUAAAUAAGAAUAAUCUGAUUGUGUUUGGAGUGUUAGACUGAUACUGGUGUCAAGCACAGCGUACACAGCAGUUUGCUUCAAACAGCAUUACAUAAUGUGAGGUGAAGCCUGUGUGGAUAUUCAAAUUCCAAAUGUCCAGUGGAGAAGGGCCGACCAUAAUAGGAUAAGAAGAGUCCUGCUGACUGUUGACUUGAGCUAAUUUGGUUAAAGUUUUCAAAGCACACAGAAGCCCAUCGCCUACAAACGCUCUUUAACCUCUCAAACCCAGAUUGGGAGAGUAAGUCACUCUUAAGUGAGUCUAAAAUGAUCCACCACUCAAAAUCCAAGUAUACGAGUAUCAACAAUGCCCUUCAGCACUGGCUGUAAUAAGAACCUGUCAUUAGUACCUUUCCUAAUGAUCAUUUCUUUUAUGGCAUCGUUGAAACUUUAAUAUUGGAUGUUUAGGAGAUCCUAAUGUGACCCAAUCUAACCGUAACCUUUGACAGAAGUUCGGUAAGGGCUUUACUGCUUUAUUACUUCUUCUUAUGUCAUAUUAUUGGAUUGUCAGUCAUCUGUGAAGUACUUUGAAGUUCACCAACCUGCUUGAAAGGUGCUUACAAGUAUGAUUUAUUAUUUCUCAAAGAGAGUUGCAGAACGUACCAUUAUGAACAUCAACAGGCUUGGCACUGUAUAAUAACUCACACAGAGUUUAUAUCACGAUAUGUGAGGUUUCAAAAACACCUCUCCUCUUAUAGUGUGGUGUAAGAGUGAGGCCUCAGAAGUAGCAGUCCCACUGGUUUCUCCAUAGGGAUUUGGAUUCUGAGUAAUAACACCGUGACCACCCAAUCAGACCUACUUUGGGCUGCGACACUGUGAAUGCUCCGACAUCUUCCUCCUUUAGAUUUGGACAGCCUUCAUUUGGAGCACCUGAGAGUUUGUCCCGUUCAUUCCCGGCCUUUCUGAGAGGGCAGUUGCGUCGGUAACUGCACUCAGAUCUGUCUCUUGUCAUCAUCGUGGUCUGAAAACACUGUGAUACUCAACUGGAGGUUCAAAAUAGGACUUCUCCAAACCAGUGUUUGAUGUCAUAGUGGCUAUGCCCAUCUUUUACGUACACUCUAUAACAGGGGUGGGGGAACUCUGGGCCUCGCGGGUCCUGCAGGUUUUAGAUGUGUCCUUGAUCCAUCACAGCUGAUUCAAAUGGCUAAAUCACCUCCUUAACAUGUCCUGAAGUUCUCCAGAGGCCUGGUAAUGAACCAAUCAUUUGAUUCAGUUGUGAUGACCCAGGGUGAGAUCUAAAACAUGCAGGACACCGGCCCUCGAGGCCGGGAGUUCCCCACCCCUGCUCUGUAAGACUACCUUUUUGAAGCCUUUGUCAUCAUCAUCUUGGUAUUUGAAUACAAGCUUAGAGCUGUUGAGUUAUCAGCUCAUGCUAGAAGUGGUUAUCUCGGUGGAUCUCAGUUUCCUGCCCGGUCUCAUGACAAAACAUGAAACAGUCGCGUAAAAGUAACGUGUGCAUAAACUGACAUGUUUUUCUUUGGUUUUUAACCUUCAGUAUGCCUCGAGUCUGCAGCACGUCUGUUUUCAAACCACCUCAGAGCUUUAAAAAAACAAGGCAGCUGCUGCUGUAGGAGCUGUUUACGAGUUUGUAGCUGAAUAAUUAGAACAAGUUGAAAGUUUAAGUAUUUAUACAUGUUUAUGUGUUUUGAUUAGGUUAUUUUUAUUUAGCUUGGUAUUUAGUCUUAUUUUUCUUUUGGUUUUUUAGUUGUUUUUGAGAAGGUAGAGAGGUGCAGGACCAGCAUGCACUAAAGAAUCCAUUUUUUUUAGCAGUACAAAGGAUAAAAUAAACCAUAAAUUCCACUGAUUUUAUUUGACUUCUUUUUCCUGCAUACAUUAUUUGCUCAUCAUGCAUCAGUGUCCUUUUAAAUGGUGGUUUUUAAGUUUGAAUGUGACAAAUAGCCACUACAGUUGUAUUUUAACGCAAAUCCUAAUCUUUUUCUAACUGAACAGUGUUGGUGUCAAACAUUGAAUGAAAAUUAAAUAAAUCUGUGAAAGAGAAUCAUAAACUGCAAAAGUAAUACCACAGAAAAUGUAAAACUGUGCAUCCGUGUGGGACUUGCACUUAUUCUUGUUUAAAAUUCUUCCUACAGCUCAAAUAAUUGUUUUCAGAGAUUCUUCUUUAAAGUUUAAGGGAAAUAUUUGGAAGCUUGAUUUAUGCAAUGGUUUCAAAUGUGAUCAUUUCAGCAGCUGAUGAUUUAAAGAUGAUUUUAGAGGUGGUUGCAGUGACGACAAUUCACCAUAAGAUGUCAGUAAAAGUUCAUUUGUGGGAAAUCUCCUGAGAUGAAGCUGUUUAUUUUCCACACUGCAAUCCCUCCGAUGGUUAUUUGUUUGCUCAGACUACUUUCACCCAAAUAAUUUAUCACGGCACCCUGCAGCUCCGAGGCUGUGCCGGUGGGUGAUAUCUUAGCUCGGCAGUCUCUCCUCUCUCAGGGCUGGAAAACAGAUCGCUGUAAUAUCUGCCCGCCAGCUGUUGCCCGCUCUGUUUGCUGCAUGCGCUUCAUCACCGCUCUUAUGAGACGCAGCUCUCUGAGGGAGUAUUACGGUCAGUGGAAACUGAUGUUCCUGAUAUUUACCUGACAUUUCACACAGAGCCAGGAGACUCUGGGAGCUGAUCUGCUGAAGCCCGGUGUCGGCAACACGUUGCUGAAAAUCCAACUUCUUCUCUUUCAGACUCGCUCAGGAGAAACUUCUUUAAAAAUACAUGAAGCUUUCAUAAAUUCUUAAAUGCUGUAAACAGGAUCUGUGGGCGAAUCAAAUGUUAAAUUUUCUUUGUAAAUAUUUUCUGAUGAUCUGAAUCAAUGAUGUUUUAUUCCCUGAUGUCAUUUCCUUUCUUUAAACAUAUUUCCCAUAAAUACUUAAUACUCACAUAUUCAUUAUUUAAAAGAUACGACUCUUAUUUCAUAUAA